AACAUUUAUGUCUUACUAUUCGAUUACCACAUAUUGCACCAAGCUCAAGCAUUGCACACUAUUGCUGUUUUUAAGACAGUUGUUACUAAAAGUGAGCACAAAUUUGUUUGAAAUUCGGCAAAUUAUUUGGUCAGUUUGAUUUUUUUCUUGGUGGUGAACGCGCGCGGUUUGUAGGUUCUCUGCUUCUAACUAAUUUAGUGUGAUAUUAUAAAUUUAAAGAAUUUUGAGUUUUUGGUUGUAAUCACUAAGAAGCGAUGGCAUCUCACAAAUUAUUUUUGGUGUGCUUAGUCUUGUCUGCAGUAGUGACAGGUUAUACGCAGUUGCCGGAUGAAGUGGAUAUAGAAACAGAUGCAUAUGGUAUAACACAUGAAAUAGUUAAGACAAUAGCGCCGGAAGAUAUUCCAAAAUCGCGUACAAAACGUGGCAUAUUUUGGGACUUUUUUCAGAAAAUGGUGACGACGAAAAAUUUACUUGUUGAUCAAUAUGUUGACACAAGAGACACACUUAGCGACGUUUACAAUUUAUUGAAUGAAGGAUUCAGCGAUCCAGCGCCGCCAAAAGCGACAAUAAGGCCACACACGAGUACAAUGAAAAUAAGCGAUGAAGAUCAGUCUGGCAGCGCGGAAAUGUCCACCACAACCGAAGCUUACCGAGUGUCACGCUAUGAAUUGGGACGCAUUUUAGGGCGCAACUUCCGUGGUUUGCAGCGUUUGACCAAAAUCGAGUUCCAGGAUGCAUUUAAUCAAUCGCACUACAACAUACAGGAAUACAAAGAUGAAGCACGCAAACAAUUCGCAAAUAGUGUUGGUGUGGAGAAGGUGAAUAAAAUUAAAGGCUUGAAAGCGGCUAUCGCUGGCUGAGGUGAAGUUUACCAGGUGCGUUUGUACAUACCUUAUGCCGAAGAGGAAGCUGUAAAUAAGUAUGCAUUUAAGUCUCAGAAGCUGCUGUAUGCUCAAAUACAUAAAUACUUUAUGUAUUUAUAAUUUUUUAGAAUAUUCUGCUAAAUAUUAAAAAAUAUCAUAAUUUUAAAUCAAUAAUA